AUAUAUAUAUAUAUAGAUGAAUGAUGCAAAAAUAAAUGACAUGAUUGACCGCUGUGAAAAUCGUUUAUCUUUUUUAAAUAAUAAGCUUUCGGAGUAUCGGAAAACAGGUCAUGCAGUACAGUUGACAUCUGAAAAUACUAAAAAGGCUUUGACAAAUCAUGUUACCCUUAUUGAAGCAUCUAUAAGUCGUGCAUUGAAUAGCAAAUUUAAUGAACUGUGUCAUACAAUUGAUGAAGCAGUUGCAAAAGAUUUUCAACAUUUAAAUGAGGCAGAAAUAGUUUUUCAAAAAGAUAUUGCUAUUCUAAACUCAUUGAUAAUUGAAGCAAAAAAAUGUAGUAUUGAGAAAGAUAAAGGAAAUGACACAAUAGAUUACAUAUCUCAAGCUUUAGCAGAUAUUGGAAAAGUAUCAUCUGAAAUGCCCAUUAUAUCAUUAUCAUUCUCAUCAAAAUUAGAAGAAGCUGCACUUAGUAGCAUUGAAGAUCAAGCUGCUGACUUAUUGAAAUUAACUAUGACUGGAAGUGUUCAGAUUGUGGAAUGUGUGGAGAGACCAGGAGCUAUAAUUGUCCGUUGGGAUGAACAAGAAGCUUCUGAUUGUGAAUCUAUUGCUACCGAUAACAGUUGUGUUGUGGAGUAUAUAUUACAAGUUUAUGAAGACGGUGGUAGUCAAGAUGGAAUGUUUCAUAGUAUCUAUGAGGGUGAUGAAAUGCAGUUUACUUUUACGUUUGCAGAGCCAUACAAGACAUACUCAUUUCGUGUAUGUCAACAUACUGUUGCAGGUGCUGGAGUAUAUGGGCCAUGGAGCAUGACAAAAAAAGCUUGUACUACUCUUUCACCUCAUGUUUGGCGUGAGGAAGAUUGUAUUACUGAAAGUAACCUACAGCUUUAUCAAUUAAGUAACAAAUGUCGAACCACCACGAAAAUAUUUCCUGAGAGUUCUCAUAUUUUGCGUUCUAAAGUUGCAAGUUAUAUUUUGGGUCAACAUAUUCAAUUUAAAAUAGAAGAAGCAGGAGAAAGUAGUAUAAACGAUGGCAUUGGAUUUUUGUCACACAACAAGCAAAUAUUUAAACAACUCACACAUUCUCCUAACACCGCUGUUAUGAAUACAAGAGGGACAAUAUUUGUUAAUGGCUUACCUAUGGUGACUAAACUUCCUGCGCUGAAACGAGGUAGCGUUAUGUUAUGUCAUGCUUCACGUCAAAGCUCUGGUAAAUUGCGCGUUACAAUAUCAAUAGAUGAUAAAGAAGUUACGUUUGAUUGGAGCACUCAAUCAGAGCAUUAUGACGCUUUGUAUUUUGCCUGUGGUUUUGAGCAUACUGGUUGGCAAGUUAGUGUGGUGUAAAAAUUGAAUGUAAAUAAAAACAAAUAAAAACAAUUUUGAUACAUAGAAUUUAUUUAAAUGUUAUGAUUUAAAUUAAUUUUUGUAAAAAUACUCCCUUUGUUCCAAAAUAAUGUUCCGAUUUACAUUAGUAUUACAUUACAAUGUAAUACUAAUAGUGUAUUGAAUGUUCAAAAAAAAAAUUGUAUAAAAAAAUUAACAACAAUUUAAUUUCAAUAACUCUUUACGUUGAAUGCAAAUCGGGACAGUAUUUCGGAACGGAGAGUUUAUAAAACACAAAGUAUUGUGUCUUAUAAAUUAUUGUUAUUAUCGCUAGGCAUUUAUAAAUUUUUUAAACGCUCAUCGAUAUUGGACGUUUGUACAAAGUAUUGCAAAUGCAGUAGACAUUUGGUUUCUG